AUGAGUGACGUCAAGAUCCAAUAUCCAUCAGUACAAACAUCAUUGAAUUAUUUGGUGGGUACUGUCAUAACAGUAUACGCUGGUUGUGAAACAUUCAACUUUGGUCACUUCUUAGAAACAACUUCACCAUACCUUUGGGCAAAUUUAGGUAUUGCAGCUUGUAUUGGGUUAAGUGUUGUAGGUGCUGCUUGGGGUAUCUUUAUUACAGGUUCAUCAAUCUUGGGUGCUGGUGUUCGUGCUCCACGUAUAACAACAAAGAAUUUAAUCAGUAUUAUUUUCUGUGAAGUUGUUGCUAUUUAUGGAUUAAUUAUGGCUAUUGUCUUUUCAUCAAAAAUCACAAGUGCUAGUUCUGAUACCUUAUUCUCAAAAAGUAAUUUGUAUACUGGUUAUUCAUUAUUUUGGGCUGGAUUAACUGUUGGUGUCAGUAAUUUGAUUUGUGGUAUUGCUGUUGGUAUAACUGGUUCCACAGCUGCUAUUUCUGAUGCUGCUGACUCUUCAUUAUUUGUUAAAAUUUUAGUUAUUGAAAUUUUCGGAUCUGUUUUAGGUCUUUUUGGUUUGAUUGUUGGUUUAUUAAUGGCUGGUAAAGCUGUUGAUUUCCAAUAG